AUGCGAACGCGCGCGCGCGCGCGAAGCGUCGGCGUCGCCGUCGCGGCGAGCGUCGCGCUGCUCGCGGGAAGGGCGCGCGGCGACGCGCGCGCGAGGCUGGAGGGGACGCGCGACGACGCGGUCGCUAUGCGCGUCGCGGCGUUCGCGCCGUGCGAGGAAACGAACGCGCGAACGCGCGUAGAGAUGUGUUUUGAACACGACAUCGCGAGUGGGGACGCGGCGUGCGCGAUCGGCGAAGGGACGAUUCGACGCGCGCGCGACGGGACGGAGGUCGGGGAUUCGUGCGGCGCGAUGGAGAUCGCGGACGGACGCGUCGUCGUUCGAUUGCGAACGGGCGAGCGUUCCUGCGCGGUGCGCGAGGGCGAUGCGUUCAGAAUCGAGGCGUAUUACGAGUGCGCGAGCGAUGGACGACUGUUCCCGUAUUCGACGCUCUUGCUCGGCGAAGUCGUGGCGUUGGCGGAUUCGGCGAUUUACUUGGCCGAAGCCGCGCACGAGCUCGAACAAGCCGUCGAGACCCAAGAUGAAGAACGGGAACACGAAGAAGACGACCGCGCGACGUCUUUCACAAUCUACUGGCCAGCAUCUUUUUAA